GGAGCUGAAAACCAAGAUGCCGGUCGCUCAGAAACCUGUGACUGUUCGGUCCGUGCGGGGAUCCAUCACUCAGUCCCUGUUAAAAGCCCCUUCUGUAAAGGGAGGCAAAAUCACCAGCAAAAAGAGGGAUGAUGAGGACGGAACAGACACCGGAGACGGAGACGAGUGGACGCAGGGAAGGACUUUGGUUAAACCUCCAGACCAGCUGAACCUGACUGAGGCGGAGCUGAAAGAGGAGUUCACAAGAAUACUGACAGCAAACAAUCCGCACGCUCCGCAGAAUAUAGUCAGAUACAGCUUCAAAGAACGCUCGUAUAAGCCGAUCAGUAGCGUGGACCAGUUGGCUGUUCACUUCGUGCUGGAGGGAAACCUUCUGCAUAAGGAUUCUGAUGACGCUCGAAGGCAAAGAGCCAGGCAAGGCUUUGCAGAAGUUUCAGAGCAGACAACUACGGAGACAGAAAACGUAGUAGAAAACGAGGACACGCUGGCAGAUGGGGCUGAGGAUGCAGGUGAUGCAGAAGAUGGCAACGGAGAGGAGAGACCGGACAGCGUCGACAUCCAAGCAGAGAAGAAAGAGCGCAAAAUCACCAACCAGUUCAACUUCAGCGAAAGAGCAUCACAAACGCUCAACAACCCUCAGAGAGAAAGAUCCUGCCAAACCGAACCUCCUCCUCGUGCCACCUUCUCCGCUACAGUUAAUCAGUGGGAGAUCUACGAUGCCUACGUGGAGGAGCUCCAGAAGCAGGAGAAGAACAAAGAAAAACAGAAGACCCUUUCGUCCAAGAAGGAGGAAGACAAAGCCAGGAAGAAGACAGUGUUGGUGGAGAAUCAGAGUGACGAUAUCACCAAAGUGGCGAAGGUGGCCAAGAUUAUCGAGCGCAUGGUGACUCAGAACACCUUCGAUGACAUUGCUCAGGAUUUUAAGUACUUUGAGGAUGCGUCAGACGAGUUCCGAGAACAGGAGGGCACGCUUCUGCCACUGUGGAAGUUCCAGUAUGACAAAGCCAAGCAUCUCUCAGUAACCGCUCUCUGCUGGAAUCAGAAAUACCAAGACCUGUUUGCUGUUGGACUCGGUUCAUAUGAGUUCACAAAGCAGGGUCGAGGCAUGCUGCUCUUCUACUCCCUGAAGAACUCCACUUACCCAGAGUACAUUUUCCACACGCAAUCUGGGGUCAUGUGUCUGGACAUCCACAAAGAGCUGACGUACCUGGUGGCGGUGGGUUUCUACGACGGCAGCGUUGCCGUGUAUAACCUGAAAGAAGACAAACCUCAGCCUGUUUAUAAGAGCAACGCCAAGACGGGAAAGCACACCGACCCGGUGUGGCAGAUAAAGUGGCAGAACGACGACAUAGACAAGAAUCAUAAUUUCUUCUCGGUCUCCUCUGAUGGACGUGUGGUAUCGUGGACUCUUGUGAAGAACGAGCUGCUGUUCACAGAUAUCAUUCAACUCUCUGUAGAAGGAGCUGUUUCUGAAGGACAAGAGGACAUGACGAUUGCUGACAUAGCCUGUGGAACAUCUUUUGAUUUCCAUAAACAGAUCGACUACCUUUUCCUCGUUGGGACUGAAGAGGGCAAAAUCCACAAGUGCUCCAAAUCCUACUCGAGCCAGUUCCUGGAGACUUACGCUGCACACAGCCUGUCUGUCGAUGCCGUGAAGUGGAACCACUUCCAUCCGAAGGUCUUCAUCUCUUGUAGCUCGGAUUGGACGGUGAAGAUAUGGGAUCACACUAUCACGAGCCCGAUGUUCACCUUUGACCUGAACACGGCUGUGGGUGACGUGGCCUGGUCACCGUACUCCUCCACCGUGUUCGCUGCCGUCACCAUUGAUGGAAAGGUGCACGUCUUCGACCUGAGUAUAAACAAAUACGAAGCCAUCUGCCAGCAAGCCGUGGUGUCUAAGAAGACCAAGCUAACUCAUAUCGAGUUUAACCCCGUGUACCCCAUCAUCAUCGUGGGAGACGACCGAGGCAACGUCACCAGCCUGAAACUCUCGCCCAACCUCCGCAAGAAGCCAAAGGAGAAGAAGAGUCAGGAGGUGCCCAAGGGACCGGAAGUGGAGAUAGCAAAGUUGGAGAAGCUGUUGAGUCUACUGAGAGAUACUGACAGUCCUGAACAGAAGUAACCUACUGUACUGUACUGUACUAACACCUCAAGUGCUCUGAACCAUCACAUCAGUCCAGGAUUACAGUUUUACAUAGAACACGCACACACACGCACACACACACACACACAUAGAGAUAGCAAAAAAAUGUAGCAGGAAGAAGAAACAGGAAGGUCUAAUCUCUCUCCUGGCUUGUCACUAAGUAAAUACACUGCCUGGCCAUAAAAAAUAAAAAUAAAAAAUAAAUCAGAAGGGUGAAAUUAUUGGGCUGCAUUAAGCAAUGAAAACAACUAAGAAGAUUUGUAGUUACUGGAACUGGCUCAAGAAUAAUAAUAAUAAGAAGAAGAAUAAAACACUUAAAGUGCUAAAGAUUGGACUUUGGAGUAAUAGAAAAAGGUCAUGUGACCUGAUGAGUCCAGAUUGAGUGAUGGGUGUGUCAGGGUAAGAAGUGCAUAGUGUCCACUGUCCAAGCCUCUGGAGACAGUGUGAUGAUCUGGGGUUGCUUCAGUCGCUCAGGUCUAGUCGACUGACGAACUGAAUGUACUGAACCACCAGGUUAUCACAUCUAUGGAGGUUUUCUUUUCUCCCCUGAUGGGACGGCCGUAUUCCAGGACUCGGAUUGCGUAAGAGUGUUUCUGCGAAUCACCUUGAACUGGACACCACAGUGUGUGAUGUAAUCAAAGCUAAUUGCGACUGAAUGAAAGCUUUAGUGUGUGUGUGACUUUUCUUUUUUUUUUUAUCUUUUGGCCAGGCAGUUUAUGUAAUGAAUGAAACGCAACAGGACAUGAUGUUGGAGGAAAAUAAUCAAUAACAGUGUAGAAUGAUGUGGCUGACACAAAGCGGAAUUACUGUAACUACCGGACAUUGUUCAUUUUACACUAACAGCACUUUCACUCAUCUGAUAUUAGAGCAGUUUGCUGAUAAUGAUGAUAUUUCACUUACCGUACUGUGCAAGAAUCUGGACCUCGCCCUCACUAUAUUUAUAUUUUGCUUCCAAUG